GUAAUUUGACUGCGCCCGAUGAUAAGUUUCAAACGCCGAGUCCUUGUUGCUAACUGUUGGCACGUUGCAACUUCGCUCGUUCCAUUCGUUGGCUUCGAUGUGUUCGGAGUCUAACGAUCACUCGUCCGAUAAUAAGUUGAAAAAUUUUUCAUUGAGUCACGCGCGGAAAUCGAGUAAGAAUUGUGUGCAUCUUCAUGCUUGAGUUCGCGCGAUUGUUCAUCGCGCGAUUAGUCUUCUCGUGCACGUUACUGUAAUUUCACGGAGGAAUCUUCCAACACGGAGAAUUUCCUUUGAAGUGGCCGGAUAUUCACACGGGGAAGACUUUCCAAGGAAUUCCAACUAGAACAGAUCACGAUGACGUUAAAACGACAAGAAAAUGGUCAAAUCCAGACAGAAAAAUACUUUGACAACAUGGCACCUAAUCUGUUCGGCACUUCCGCGACCUUGUUCCUGGAGGCCACUCAGCAGGACGUGUCGCAGAAGAAACCGUCGUCGGAGAAGAGCGCGACGCAAAAGCUGUCGUCGUUGCAAAAAGCACAGAGCGCGAAACCUAAGUACGAAUGGAAGAUCGUCUGGCGGAACGUGAUAGCCUUCGUCUAUCUUCAUCUCGGCGCACUUUACGGGCUCUACCUUUUAAUAGUGGCUGCCAGAUUGUACACGUUUCUGUGGUCUUUGUCAAUCGGCAUGCUCGCAGCCAUCGGGGUCACCGGGGGCACUCACAGACUAUGGGCCCAUCGGUCAUACAAAGCGAAAUGGCCGUUGAGAGUCAUUCUCAUGCUCCUCCAGACGACAGCCUUCCAAAAUCACAUUUAUGAGUGGGUGAGGGACCAUAGAGUUCACCAUAAGUUCACGGACACGGACGCGGAUCCUCACAACGCGCAGAGGGGCUUCUUCUUCUCGCACAUGGGCUGGCUUUUAGUCCGCAAGCACCCGGACGUCAUCAGUAAGGGCGCCACGAUCGAUAUGAGCGAUCUCGAGAGGGACCCGGUCGUUGUUUGGCAACGCAGGUUGUACAUCAUCCUGAUGCCGUUGAUGUGCUUUCUUAUUCCCACUUGGGUGCCGUGUUACUUCUGGAACGAGAAGCCCAUGUACGCGUGGUACGCCAGUCUCAUAAGGUAUACGUUGUCGCUAAACUUGACUUGGCUGGUGAACUCCGCGGCUCACAUGUACGGCAUGAAGCCGUAUGACAACACCAUUAGCCCUACCGACAGCCUCAGCGUCGGCAUCGGCGCCUUCGGCGAAGGCUGGCACAAUUACCAUCACGUCUUCCCAUGGGACUACAAAGCCGCCGAGUUAGGCAACUAUCGCGCCAACUUCACCACCGCCUUCAUCGAUAUGUUCGCCAAGAUCGGCUGGGCGUACGACCUGAAGACCGUGGCGAGCGACAUAGUAAAGAAACGCGCGAGCAGAACGGGCGACGGCACGAGAUACGAGCGAACGGCUGCUGAUCAUCACGACGCGCAUCAGCACUCGCACGAGAACGCUAUAUGGGGCUGGGGCGACGCCGAUAUGCCCGUUGAGGAUAUACGGAAGGUCGAGAUCUUUAACAAGGGCGACUAGAGCUUUUGUAUCUCUGUUGUAGCUCAGACGGGAACCGCGUAGAAGUGCAAGUCCGGCGGACUUACGGUGUGUCGCAGUUCGGAAUUUCAUUCGAGAAAUGUUUGACGAGUUCAGUCGAGCGUCAUAAUCGUCCUUGGGAGAUCAUAAUGUCGUAAUUGCGACCUUUCCAGGCAGAAUUGCGAUUGCCACAAAAAAUUCCAGGAAUCGGUUCGUGAUCUAAAUUUCAGAUAUUUUCAAGUUUGUUUUUUGAUCACCGUCGGUUAUGCAAAAGACACAGCGUUUUUCAGCGAAUUUUGCAACACAUCCAUAUUCAACGGGCAAAUUUGCACUUCCAUAAUUCUCAGGAGAUAAAUUUUCCUGUCAAACACCAGAUGCGUUUUUAAACUCUUCCAAGUAAAGGCGAUUUUUCUGCUACUGAUUAUACUCGGCAUACAAGAAUUACGCGAGUGUUUAAAACAUACGACAAGAUAGGGAACUGCGACCACUUCAGUCUAAAAUCUCGCAACUAAAAAUGCUACCAGUAUAAACCAGUGUAACUUCUACAUUCGCGUACCUGAAUACUGCUCGGGCACUCGAAUUCGCGAAAGUCACUUGGAUAUUCUGUUACUAUUCGAACCGGGUGUCUAGGUAGCCGAAACUAGAAAUCACGAGGAGAACACUCGUUAAUCAUCUGUUAUUACUUUUUCCUGCAACUGAUUUUCUCUGUUGUUUGCUUCUAAGUACGUUAAUCACGGUAUCCGAGUACUAGAGUAAUUGGAGAAAGACUCAGGUAUCCUGCGAAAGCUACCCAUGUAAUACCCAUGUAAUACCCGACUUACACCCGGUUAUCUGGAUUCGUCCCUUAUAGAAAUAUCAUACUAAGAAUCAUUGAUAAUUACUUAUUAUCCAGUAUUUUUAAUACUGAAAAUAAGUAAUUAUCAAUGAUUCUUAGUAUGAUAUUUCUAUAAGGGGUUGAUAACUAAAUUGUCGAUCUGACACGAAACUCGUCGAAUAUGCACGUUCUACGCUGGUGAGUCUCGCUGCGAACACAGACAAGAAGAUAAUUUGAGAACGGUGACCGGUCAAGAGAUACCAUCGGUAUCUCGAUACCGUUGUCGAGGAGAGGUCGACCCGAGGAAUAUCCGUAGGUAAGAACGUGGGUAUAGAUGAGAGUCCCCUCGACAAGCGCAUCGAGAUAGCCUCCUUCUGACGAAUUACGCCACCGUUCGCGAAUUAGAUUCCUCAUGCAAGAGUUUAUCUACUGCUAUCCUCUAUCUCUAUUCUUCGGGUUAUUUUAUCUACUGUGCUGGCACGUUGUACAAUGAACGAUCCAAAGAUCAGUGGUGAAUCGUUAUAAUGACGUCAAUUAAUAUUUAUUGCAUAAUAUUACUAUAUCGUAUGUUUGUUAUCGUGUUUCUCUCAUCGAAUCGGCCAUUGGAAAAACGUCGCGGGCUCGAUCGCCUCGCAAGGGAAACAAGGCGAGAAGGAAGGAAGCUCAUUCGACGGGGUGACUUCUUCUCGGACCGAUCGAGGCGUCUCUUCCAAUCAGAUAUCUAUGUACAUGGAAAGCUUUUAUUACCAUAUCGUCUCGCGUAUUAUCGAAAUAACGUUCCGUUAGGAAGACUCGGCUUGAGGAGUCAAGCAAGGUCUCGCGAGAAAGCGGAGAGGACGAUUAAACACGGGACACUGCUCGCGCGGACUCGUCGCGAAUCGCUUGCGGGCUUUAUUGGCCGAUUUUGACUCGAUUUCUUUCUCCACGAUGACAUUGACGGAAUUUCCCUGCUGCUUAUGACAUUCUCUAUUACUUGUCAUAAUCUCACAUGCAUAUUUUCCGAUAAUCUCGCGUACAUAUCUUAUGAUAAUCUUAUUAUUGAUAUAUCUCAUAUUAAUCUUUAGAGGGCUGGAAAACUACUAUAGUGGUGGUAGACAACAGUUAGUUACAUUUAUGUUACUACACUUAUUCUACACUUAUCUGCUUAUGUGUGUAUAGGUAUUCAAACACCCAGAUACAAGUUUGCACCCACUGUUCUCCUUCAUCUCUCUCUCCUUCCCCCUAUUUAUUAUUUUUUUCUUAUAUAACUGUAUAACGAUAUAACUAUAAAUAUUCUCAUAAUUUACAAAAACUGACAGUUCCAUCUUAUUCAGCGACUUCGAAAACCUCUAGAAACCCAUUUUUUUCAAAUUUCAAAAUUUUAACAUUGUCUUUAUCCCUCAAGCCAGGACCACCACUUAACCCCUUCACUGCCGAGAACAAAGAUCUUUGUUUUUUUGGACUUGGCCCAAACUGCCGGAAAAUCACAAAUCUUUGUCCUAUAAAUAAAUGCUCUACUGACGCCUGAUAAUGCAUUAAACGUGAACAGAAUGUGUUUUCCUAUGUUUUCGGGGUCGCUGAAUAUGAUUCCGAAGUCCAUUUUAUACUAUCUCGCACCCAUGACCGACUAGAGCUAUAAGAAAAUGACUAUUUUUUUCAUUUUUUGGAAAAUCUUUGUCCUCGCACACUCAAGUUUUAUGCCACAUUUAAACAGUGUUAUUCUGAUAAGCUAUAUCAUUUAUGGGUAAAAGUAACUCAAUUCAUGACUUUUUGCUACUUUUACCAGAUAUAUCAUUUUCAUCGUAGUUCGACCCGCUGAUUCAUCUUUUGCGUGAAUUACCCUUGACAUCAGCCGAACCCAGGAUGCACCGUCGAGGAGGUUGUCAAAAGGAUUUAGCAUCCCACUUUUUUUUGCUUUUUUUAUCCUUUUUUGUUUUUUUUUGUUUUAUCGCAUAAGCGGUACAAAUGAACUCAAUUUAUUAUGUAGUAUAAAAAAAUGGUCAGUAAAAAAACUUUCAAACAAAAUAGGUAACAUGUCGAUGAAAAUACCCCAAAAAUGGUAUGUCCAGUUAAAAUUGUCAAAGUUUCUAAGUUCGGCAGUCUGGACACAUUUCAUUUAAAUACUCUGGCAGUGAAGGGGUUAAGUGGUGGUCUCCGUGAUCGGUACUUUGUAUACAAUGAAUAUACGAUAUAAGAUAUAUUUUUUAUCGAUUUUCUUCGUGAAAUCUGGUAAAUGUCGGCCCUCUAAAGGUUAAACAACAAGGGAUAAAAUAUACGUGCGCCAUACAUAUCGCCAAUGCUUACUACAAAAAGAAGUUUCCCGGCUAUAAUUAUUUAUUAAUAGCAUUCGUGCCACCUUUACAUUGGCACGUCAAUAUUAACACGCCUUCUUCUCAGUGCGCAAGUUUAACUGGAAAUUCACGUGACGCUAAUUGCUGAUGAGGAAAAAUCGAACCGCAAUUGGACGUGUAAAGAUCCGCGCGCUCGGCAAGCCCGCGACAUUCCGCGUGUCACACGAUUGUCUGUCAUGAUGACAGCUCGAGAACAGAACGCGAGGAGUCGCGUGUAAAAAGUGCUCAAUGAAAUCCGACGCAGCGAACGAAUCGUCGUCCGGAACGACCGAUCGGCCGAUCCCGAUCGACGUGCCGGCGCGUGUUGUACUGUACAAUCAAUUACGUACCUACGAAUCAAAUUCAUUCGUGGCCUUCUCAAAUGACUGUUUAGAAUGAUGAUGAUGAUGUAUUAGGCUAUUUGUAUCGUCUUGCUCGUAGUCAUCGCAGUCAAUUCCGCAAUUAUGCGACGCGACCAGCGGAUUUUAACGCCGUCAAUAAUAACCGUCAGUAUACACCAGCUGACAUCCAGAUAGAACAAAAAAUCACGACGAAGCCAAAUUGACGAGAAAAUGACCAUAAAAAUUCACUUUUCGAUCAUGAUUCAUUCAUUCUCUCGUCAACCUGACGUCAUUUUGACCUUAUCGUGAUUUUCCGCUCUACCUGGUUAACAUCCAAGUAGAACAGAAGAUCACGAUGGCGCUCAAUUGACGAGAAAAUGACCAUGAAAACUAAUUUUUCGAUCGCGAUUUAAUCAAUUUCUUGUCAUUCUGACGUUGAUCGUGAUUUUUUGCUUCUACCCGAGUAAAAUUAUAUCAGUGCUACAAUUUCCCGUUCAACAAUAUAGGCGCGAUAUAACCAUAAAUAAAGAAUACCAGCAAGGAACAUAAAGAGGAAGUCCUUUGCUAGAAGUGCGAAGGAUGUGACGUAGUGAAAGUAAACCAAAUUCGACUAUCGAUACUAUGGAAUCAAAGUAAAUGUUAUGACGUAAUAUUGUCAAUUAAUCGAAUAGACAAAGGUGUGUAAACGUAUUGAAGAGAAAAUUAUUACAAGGGACUAAUUUUAUUUCCCUCAAUAUUAGCAAAAUAUAAAUACAAUUUUUCUAUUAUUCUUUUAAAAUUAAUAUUCCUUUGCUAUAUACUUCCAAAAUGUUUAAAGUAUACCGUUAGACUGUGCUUGCGGUAACGUCACUUAUGACGUAGUUCAUGUCAUCAAACUGUGCAACCAGUGCAACACAAUCGAUUACCCACGAUAUAUCGCAACAUACUCCUUCCUGGUAUUCUUUAUUCAAUGAAUAUGACACAUAUUCAUGUUGACACAUAUUGUAUGUAACAGUUGCAUUGUUAAGUGGCAAGUAUCGUAUCAUUGACGUAAUGUUAUUGUUAAGUGGUGUUUAUUGAAAAUCGAGUAGUCGGCUCGGUCUACACAAGAGCCUUGUAGGCUCGUGUCAAUAGUCGUCACCUGAAACUUGUUUCGUGUAAGACACUCAGAUUUCUGCUCAGAAUUAGAUUCAAGUUAUUCAAUUGAAUCAUAAUAUGUGUGAUAUUUAUAUAUCUAUAACCGCGAUUCAACUGAAAAAUUCUCAUCUGACUCUGAAUUGAGGUCUGAGUAUGUCACGAGAAACGAUAGUUUCAAAUAAUAACUAUUAAUACCGCCCUCAGACCAUCACCGUUAGAACAAUCGCGCAAUCGACUCCACGCGCUGCGUGGGGUCCGUCGAACAAAAGAUCGAAAUCCGUGUGCUCGAGGAUGCGAUUCGUAUCUGCAACAAUCACCGUGGAUGAAUGGAAGCGGAGCUUACGUGUUAUAACGUUGUAGCGAGCGUGGUUGGUUUAAUUCUCGCAGUUUGUUUCGAUCAACGUGUCUCGAUUUGUUUAGGACGCGGCGACAUCUCGUCAUCUUCGUUGUCGAGAUCAACGAAUGUCACCCGACAUUGUCCCAGCUGUGACAACGUGGCCAUUGAAUCAUUGUUGUUCCAAAGGUAUUGUCGCGUCGUUAAUUAUCAACACAUAUAAACAUCUAAAAGACGUCUUACUUUCUUGAACGUCCUUAAAUUGUUUCAGAACUGCACUUGUAGCAUGAACUUGUAUUUAAGAUCGUCUCAAGUUUAUCUUAAGACGCUGUGAGGACCAUUUUAUCGAUUACAGAUCAUAUUGAAAUAAUUGUAAGAAGAGAAUUAGCUUAAAUAUCAAAUUAUCAAAAGAUCCAGAUGUCUGAAACUUUUUAGAAGUCCACAGACUGCUCAGAACGAUGUUUGUGGUGUAAAUUUGUACGUAAGAUCGUCUAAAGACUUCAUCUUGAGACUCCGUAAAGACUGUUUUAUUGGUCACAGAUAAAACUUAACAUAUAUUGAGAAAUAACACUUGACAUACAUUGAGAAAAGAGAGUUAACUUAAGUAUCAAAUUACUUAAACUUGGAAUUCGACUGUGAUCAUUGUUUUCAAACACUCGUUGUUUAAAGAAUUCCGUUGCGAGCGCGAGGUAACUUUGCACGACAUCCAGAAUUUAUUUUCCAUUCAAGGACCGUUCUCGCGUCUCGGACCAGUCGAUUGUGGCGCAUGAAAGCGAGUACGACGUUUGUUCUCCAAACAACAAGCAGAACAGGUGUCACGUUGUCACAACUCGUGAGUGUUACGACAUUUGUGUAAGCAGAUAGCACAAGCUCCUAAAAGACAUCAUUAAAAUGUGUUUGAAAGUUGCGUUUUUGAAACGUUUCUUGGGAGUUUGCGCUGGCUAACGUGAGCGAACGCGCGAAACUGUUUUGGGGCUUUAAGAUUUGGGCGUUGGAAAUGAAAAACGAUCGAUCAAUCGAUCGAUGGUGCGUCGCAGGUGACCGAAUCGAUUGCGUGAGUGACGCGAUAGCGGCCGUUCAUCGUUCACGAUUGAUUAGCGAGCGAUUCGACGCGGCACGGGCUCGAGAUCAGUUCGUCUGUUUGUUUGUCUGUCUGUCUUCCGCGAAUGAGCGUUGAUCUCGAAUCCGAUCGCGACGUCGAAUGACGAUUUCGCAAAGGUGAUCGUUUGCGAAAGCGCGCAUUGUUCGAGCGCGCAAUGCUAAUUGCGCGGCGUGCGACAGUUGGCCAAUUAGUGUUUGCCGCUUUAUCGAUAGCUAUUCGGCAAUAACGAACACCAUAUAGCGACAUGCAACGAUAAACUCUAACGUUCGUCGCGGGAUCGUUGCGUGCGGCUGGCUCAUGAGUCAUACGCAAUUCAAGGCGAGUCUCUCCGAGACGCUCAAGCGGCUUUUGCGAAUUUCGUGACAGCGACGUUCACUUCGCAAUCGCAUGCACAAUGUAUUGAUUGUGAUUGAUUCCAGGCAAGACAGAAAGCAACGUCCAAAUAAUGAGAAAAUGAUCGAGUUAUGAUUGAAAAGUGAAUAAAGACAGAAGAAAAAAUCAAAAUAAUGAAAAAAUGGCUAAAGAGUUUUUCCACUCUUCAAUUAUGACUCGAUCAUUCUCUCGUCGUUUCGACGUCAUCGUGAUUUUCUGUUCUACUCGAGGCUCUCACUGAAGGCGAAGGCCCUAACCUUGCGCGACAUAAAUGAAUGGAGUAAAUUGAAUAAAAAAAAAAAAAAAAAAAAAAA